AUGGUAGGCAUGGAUGCAGCUUUGCUACAAACUCGAGUAUCUCCUGGCUCUGGCUCACCUCGCGUCGGCCCUUACGGCGACAAUACCAACGGUGGCACCAUCUCUGGUGCACCGGUCAUCAGUCCAUCUCUUAUAUCGCUCUCCCUCGAGCAAGACCGGUGGACCGACUGGUCGGGGACUACCUCAAGAAACGAAUUUUUCUUCAAUACCCUCGAUAAUUUGAAGCAAAUCACCGGGAAGCCACCUCAUAUUCGCAUCGGUGCCAAUAGCGAGGACCACACAGACUUUAACUCAAAUGUUCAAUUUGCUCAAGAUAUUUUCCCUGCUGCGAGCGCCACCGUUCCAUACCCUGAAGCUACCAACAUCACGGUCGGAAACUCUUAUUAUCUGACCGCCAGGUUCCUUCCGCCUGGAACUCACGUCACCUGGGGCGUAAACUUCGGACAGAACAACAUAACGGCAGCAUUUCUCGAGGCCAGAUCAAUAAAGGAUGCUUUCAAUUCGCCCGCUCUUAAAUCGGCUGGGAUUGUAUUGGAUUUCAUCGAAAUAGGAAAUGAGCCAGAUCUAUAUAGAAAUAACGGCUUGAGAAGUUCCUCGUAUAAUUCCACGCAGUACACACAAGAAUGGAUCCGGUUCGCCAACAAUGUCUCUGCAGCAGCAGGAAUAUCCGCUACAUCUCACACGAAAUUCAUUGGGGCUUCAUUCGCUGGAUCGUCUCAUGGCGCUGGCUUCUCUCCACAGGCCAUCUUCAGUGCAGGAAUUCUAGAUUCUGCCCCAGGGAAGCUGAUGAGCACUAUCUCGCAACACCGUUACAGCGGUUCUUUUUGUUCCGGAAGUGAAGGGCUGUUGCAAGAUCUGAUGACCAAGGCAACUAUUCGUGGAAACCUUUCUACAUUCAGCCCUGAUAUCGCAGCUACACGACAACGGGGUCUGGAUUACGUUCUGGGAGAAACAAACAGCUAUGCCUGCCACGGUGCGCCAGGUGUCAGUAAUACUGCUGGCGCGGCACUCUGGACCCUCGACUACGCGUUAUUUGCCCCGCAGAUUGGGAUAAGCCGCGUCUUUUUCCACGAAGGAGUUGGGUUCAAGUACAACCUGAUACAGCCAGCAACCCUCACUCGGUCGACCCUUGACGGAUCGUCGCUACCGACACCCCUUCCGCCACAUGUUCAACCCCAAUAUUAUGCUGCAGUUGUUGCUGCAGAGGCCAUUGGGUCUACUGGUUUAAGCCAAGCCGUUGAGCUCUCCGUCGACGACCCUACUGUUUCAGGAUACGCCUUUUUCGAGGGCGGAAAGCUCGUGCGAGCGUUGUUUGUCAAUUUCAAGGCGUUCUUAGCGAGCAGUGCCGCGCGAGGAGUUGUUCACAUCUCCCUCGGCUUUGCGGAGACUUCAACGCGGGCAUCAAAUAUAACGAUCAAGCGGUUAGCCAUUGAGCACGCUGACGACACAUCUGGACUGGCGUGGGGUGGUCAAAGUUACGAAACACCAAAUGGCAGAAAGUCGGGUACCCUGAUCACAACUACAGGCUCAGUUCAGAGUGGAUUUGACAUUCAUGACACGGAAGCUGUCUUGAUUACCUUCGAUUAG